GCGUGGGUCGGGCUGGCGGAUCCUCGUCUGCUUUAGGAAGAGACAGACAGCGAGGGAGAGAAUGGCUCUGCAAGCCCGCGCCUCAAACCUUGCUCUUCUUACCAUUUUGGACUAAAUCAAAACCCGUUGCUCACGUUUACGUUGACGAACCGGGCGAUGAACAGACUAAAUGAAGGGUGAAUGCCAAACUAGAGAGAACAAUACAGUCAAAAUGACAGUGGAUUUUGAAGAGUGUGUCAAAGACUCCCCUCGUUUCAGGGCGACCAUCGAGGAGGUGGAGACUGACGUGGUGGAGAUCGAGGCCAAGCUGGACAAGCUGGUGAAGCUGUGCAGUGGGAUGAUCGAUGCUGGGAGAUCGUACAACACCGCCAACAAAUACUUUGUCAAUGGCAUCCGAGACCUUUCGCAACAGUGCAGGAAAGAACGCAGGAAAGACGAAAUGGUAUCGGAGUGCCUCCAGAAGUUUGGAGAGAGCUUGCAGGAGAUGAUUAACUACCACAUGAUUCUCUGCGACCAAGCCCAGCGGUCUGUCAGGAUGCAGCUGCACAACUUUGUGAAAGAGGAUGUUCGGAAGUUCAAGGAGACCAAGAAGCAUUUUGAUAAAGUGCGUGAGGACAUGGACCUGGCACUGAUCAAGAACGCCCAGGCCACCCGCAACAAGGCUCACGAGGUGGAGGAGGCGACAGGAACGCUCAUCAUGACCCGCAAAUGCUUCAGGCACCUGGCCCUCGACUACGUCCUCCAGAUUAAUGUCCUUCAAGCAAAGAAGAAAUUUGAAAUAUUAGAUGCGAUGCUGUCGUUCAUGCACGCCCAGUACACCUUCUUCCAGCAAGGCUACGACCUGCUUAAAGAGUUGGAUCCUUACAUGAAGAAGCUGGCCACAGAGCUGGAUCAACUUGUGAUCGACUCGGCUGUGGAGAAAAGGGAAAUGGAGCAUAAGCACGCACUGAUCCAGCAGCGGACGCUGUUACAGGACUUCUCCUAUGAUGAUUCCAAGGUUGAAUUCAACAUUGAUGCCCCCAACGGCGUGGUGAUGGAAGGUUACUUGUUCAAGAGAGCCAGCAAUGCAUUCAAGAGCUGGAACAGGAGAUGGUUUUCUAUACAAAACAGUCAGCUGGUGUAUCAGAAGAAGAUGAAGGACGCGCUAACGGUCGUGGUGGACGAUUUGCGGCUUUGUUCCGUCAAGCCCUGCGAGGACAUCGAGAGGCGAUUCUGCUUCGAGGUCGUUUCUCCCAAUAAGUGAAGUUUUGACUGCAUCCAGCAGGCAGACUCGGAGAAGUUGCGACUGGGCUGGAUCCAGGCAGUGCAGGCCAGUACAUGUGACACCUGGCGCGUGUCCACUCUAACUCUGCCCGUUUCCCCACAGAGACUGGACCGCACGGCGUCGCCAUCCACCAGCAGCAUCGACUCUGCCAGCGAGGCGCGGGACCGCAACGUGAAGGGCGAGAGCAUCCUGCAGCGGGUGCAGGGCAUCCCGGGUAACGAGCAGUGCUGUGACUGCAGCCAGGCCGACCCGCGCUGGGCCAGCAUUAACCUUGGCAUCACCCUCUGCAUCGAGUGCUCCGGGAUCCACCGGAGUCUUGGCGUUCAGUGUUCCAAGGUGCGAUCUCUUACGCUGGACUCCUGGGAGCCUGAGCUGCUGAAGUUGAUGUGCGAGCUGGGGAACAACACGAUGAAUCAUAUUUACGAGGGCAGGUGUGAGGAGCACGGACUGAAGAAGCCACAGCCCAACAGCACGAGGCAGCAGAAGGAAGCUUGGAUCAAAGCCAAAUACGUGGAGAAGAAGUUCCUGAAGAAGUUGCCGACGGCCGAGGCGCUGACAGACGCCGAGCGCAAACCGCGGCGAUGGAGCGUCAAGAAGUGCCGGCGGCACAACAGCUCCACCAAAGCCCCGGUGGCCCGGCGACGGUAUCGCCACGAUCCCGGCAACGUGUCGCCAGCAACGUUUGCUGCAGCAGCCGCACUGGAGAGAAAGUUCCGCAGGGAUUCGCUGUUCUGCCCCGACGAGAUGGACUCGCUGUUUUCCUACUUCGACACGACGGCAGGACCUCGCAGCCCUGCAGGUCUGAGCAGCGACAGUGGGCUGGGCGGCAGCACUGACGGCAGCACGGACAUCCUGGUAUUCGGCACGGUGGUGGACCGCGUCACUGAGGAAGUGGGCGAGGUGUCGGAGGAGUCGAGCGGCGAGGUGGAGAUUGAGCCGGAAGCUUCGGACUCGGAGGACGUGCGGGAGCUGCAUCCCGGGAUGCUGGUGUACAAGGCGGCUCAGGCCCGCAACCUGGCCGUCAUGGCCCAGGCCCUGGCCCACGGGGCCAACGUCAACUGGGUCAACGAUGAGGACGAGAACAAGACGCCGCUGAUCCAGGCUGUCAUCGGGGGAUCGCUCGUCACCUGUGAGUUUCUGCUGCAGAACGGGGCCGAUGUGAAUCAGAAGGACAUCCGAGAACGUGGCCCGAUUCACCACGCUACCUACCUGGGCCACACUGGCCAGGUGUGCCUCUUCCUCAAGCGGGGCGCCAACCAGAACGCGGUGGACGAUGACGGGCAGGAUCCGCUCAGCAUUGCCGUGCAGGCGGCCAACGCUGACAUCGUCACUCUGCUGCGACUGGCAAGGAUGAACGAGGAGAUGCGUGAGACAGAAGGCCCGUUUGGACAGCCAGGUCAAUAUCCCAGCAGCAGUCCCACCGAGCUCCAGUACAGGAAGUGCAUUCAGGAGUUUAUCAGUCUUAAGAUAGACGAGUGUUAGGAGGGGCCGCCCCCAGCGGGCGAUGUCACUGGGCCUUCCUCGUGGGUGGUGUCUGGGCCAGUGGGACAUUUGUCCCAUGACCGCAUUCACUGGCGUUGGUGGUGAAACAGGACUAGGUACAGCGCUCGCCUUUGUUGUUGUGUGAACAGAUAACUAGCCUUCGCCAGCUUCCAGUUUUACUGUGCGAGCUCUGUAAAUUUAGUAACUUAUGAAAGAGUUAGUGACAGGGCAUCCCUUAUCUCUGCUGGUGGGCCACUUCACCUGCACAGACCCGACCAGAUCUGAAGAAGGGUUUCGGGCCGAAACUCAAAGGAAAUAGGUAACGUUUCGGGCAGAAACCCGGAAGGGUUUUGGCCCGAAACGUCACCUAUUUCCUUCGCUCCAUAGAUGCUGCUGCACCCGUUGAGUUCCUCCAGCACUUUUGUCUACCUUCGAUUUUCCAGCACCUGCAGUUCCUUCUUAAAAACGGAGAAUUCACAGUCUCGAAACAGGAAAAAAUCAUACGGUUAGAAACUAAGAUGGACACGCAUAGUUGGAGUAACUCAGCGGGUUCGGCAGUGGGUUUUGCUGCCCGACCCCACUGAGUUAUUCCAGCGCAAUGCGUCUAUCUUCGGUUUAAACUGGAACCAGUUCCUUCCUACAGACAGGUCAGGAAUGGAGAUUUCAAUUUGAAGACACAAGGUACUGCAGAUGCCGGUUUACACAAAAAAAGUGCUGGAGUAACCCACAAAAAAGUAAAGUGCUGGAGUAACUCAGCUUGUCAGGCAGCAUCUCUGGAGGACACAGAUAGGUGACGUUUCAGGUCGGGAUACCCAAUGUCUAUCAGAGAUCUGUUUUUUUUGUAAACAAGCAUCUGACAUUCCUUGCGUCUCCAAACGAAAGGCAGAAUCAACAGGCUUACUUGUUUCAAAACGAAGGCUGUUCACAAGUCACCAAAUGUAACGUAAAAAAAACCUUCUCCGCUUUCACCAGCAACGUGAUGCCAGUUUGCAAGCCUGAUACAUGCGGCACUGCUGGGUUGAGAUGAGAAACAUGCACUCGGACUUGGCUGCAUUGGUGCUGCAGAAUCCGUUACCUUGGUCACGGGGGUAAAAUGCAUUCUGGCACAUUAGGAAGAUUUAUUAGUACAAGUGAGCUCAGUGAAACAUCCUGCACUGGGCUCACUUUAAUAACAUCAACAGUUUAUGAAUAGCCAUUUUUAACUGCCCGUUGAAUAACUUGAAAUAGGAACUAAAUAUGACUUUAUAUGAUAUUCAGCUUUUCUAUGACGCAUCUGUGGAAAUGCAGAGCGAGGAGGUGUGGAGCCAUAUCAACCUAGCUCAUUCAAACAUUUCUUUACUGAGAGGCUGCAUCCAGGAACCAGGGGCUGAGUCGUCGAGAUCCAGCUCGAGGGUUUCCUGUAACUCAGUUCCCUGGUGACACUGUGCGAAUGGUGAUUUAUCAAUGACAGACCAGCUCACCUUGUCAAAGAAUUGUACUGAUUCUGGCUUGGUGCCUGUACAGUAGGUGUUGUGUGUGUGUGUGUGUGUGUGUAGAUGAUGUGUUCAUGCUUGAUUUCCUUUAAUCGGCUGGUUACAAGUCUUUCUCAAAUCAUCAAAAAAAAAAAAAUCACACUUUUUGGGGGGGGGGAGUUCUGUAAAUAUUUAAAAAAGGAGUUUUUGUUCUGGUCGGGACAAUUUAUUUAAAAUGAAAUAGAGUAUGAAUUAGAUUAUAUGUAUAAAGCAACUUGGUGCACUUUUCCUACCUUACAGUAUUGUUUUCUGUUACAAUUUGUGAAUUCUCGCAACAAACAGUAGAAGUGUCGUUUUAAAUUGUUUAUUUAUAUGAAUUGCCCGGAGGAAUUGUGCAAUGAAAAAAAGAACCAAUACAGGUAAACUGUGUUUAUUGUUGGAGAUGUGUUUUUUUUCUUUUGUAACACCAUAGAGUGUAUUUUUUUAAAUUGACACAUUUUGUUUUGUAUUGGCCCAGUGCAGACCUAAUGUCUGAGCUUUUAGUCAGCGUGGCGCACAUCUGCGCGGUUUUUAUUCCGUUGUUUGGCAUAGAGCACACGGCAAGUUCUUAAUAGAUCUGUUUUAUUGCAUUUGGUUUUUUUUAAAGUGCUUGAUUUUUCCGCUAAGCCUCGGAUUACAGGAGAGGUUAGAUGGACUCGGAUAGCCUCGGAGUGUAAAGUACAAGACAGAAUUUCAAUUGAAGAUUUUUUUUUUUUUUUUUUUUUGCUUUUUAAAAUUGUACCUGGCGUUAGCCAGGUACAAUUUUAAAAAGCGAAAAAAAAAAAAAUCUUCAAUUGAAAUUCUGCCUUGUACUUUACAUGGAACAGUUUUUAAACUGGAUUGUCAUAUCUCAAAAAACAACUCAUCGUUUCGUAGUCUAAUGCGAGAGGCACGUUGCAAGGCUGGUAAAUAAAGUGUGCCUUUGGGCAAAAAAAGGGAACUAUAAAACACUAAUGUUUAAACGUGUCUCAAGAAGGGCCUCGACCCGAAACGUCGCCCAUUCCUUCUCUCCAGAAAUGCUGCCCGUCCCGCUGAGUUACUCCAGCAUUUUGUGUCUAUCUUCGUCAGACUCUGAAGAAGGGUCACCCGAAACGUCGCCCAUUCCUUCUCUCCAGAAAUGCUGCCUGUCCCGCUGAGUUACUCCAGCAUUUUGCGUAUACCAAUGUUUAAACGCCCCAUCCCUUUCCAGCACUCAGUGGGUUUGCCAUUCUGUGUCCAGUGUCAGGGUGAGAAUAGAACAGAGCAGGAACAGGUUCCUCGGGCUAUGCAGAAUAUCAUCCCAUGUAAGACCAAUCUCCUCUGCCUCCAUGUCAUUAUUGCUUAAUUCCUGGCAUAUCCAUGUCCCAACCAAAAGCCACUCUCAUAACUACCUCCACCACCAGUCCUGGUAGUGUGUUCUAAGCACCCAACACCCUCAAAAGAAACUUGCCCUGAAUAUCCUUUAAACUUAGUCCCCUUCACCCCAAUGCCAUGCCCUCUACUCUUUGAUAUUCCCACCCUGGAGAAAAAGGUUCUGACAAGUAAGUCUACCUUAUCGAUGGCUCAAUGUUAUAUACUUCUGUCAGGUCUCCCUCAGCCUCCAGACAAAACGACCCUAGUUUCCCUUUCCCACGACUUUCAGUCUGAAGAAGGGUCUCGACUCGAAACAUCACCCGUUCCUUCUCUCCAGAGAUGCUGCCUGUCCCGCUGAGUUACUACAGCAUUUUGUGCCUGUCCUAGUUUAUCUAACCCCUCCUUGUAACUAAAACCCUCGAUUCCAGGCAGCAUCCUAGUAAAUUUAAUUUGCACCCUCUACAAAGACUCCACAUCCUGUAACAGGGUGACCAGAGGCUGCUGUUAGGGUGCCUCAGUAUCUCUCACACAAACAGAAGAACGAGCAAACAUUCACCACACACCCCUUCCUCCCAUCGACACAUGACCUCACCACGGAGGGCGCUCUGCUUGCUGCGCCACAGUGCAUUCUAGACAUUAUCAAGUGACGUUGAUUCAGUAAAGUACUUCCACCAGAUAUUGAUCCUCACUCAGGUCUGUUUAAUGGCCAGGCCCACCGUUAUAGGGGAAACACUGGCCUCCAUAUCUUGGAUUUAUGUCACCAGCAAGUUGAAGUGGUUUACCAAGUCUCCCGACUAGAGACAAUGAAGCAGGAUUGGACUGCAGGCUGCUGGAGCUUGCUUUGUCAUUCAAUGUUCGUGUCAGUCCUGGUCCCGAGUCUGACUCCCUCAUGGUGUUGAGAUCAGCCUUGGGCAGAGAGUUAAUCGGCACGUGUCUGACCAUUAAUCUCACAGCCGCUCUCCCGCGCUAACACCAUCUCUAGAGGUUCUUAACAUCCAAAGAUGAAGUAAGGGAUAGUCAGUGGAAGCAAGUACAAUAACAUUUAAAUGACAGGUACGUGUAUGGGACAAGGUUAGAGGGAUAGAAACAUAGACAAUAGCUGCAGGAGUAGGCCAUUCGGCCCUUCGAGCCUGCACCACCAUUCAAUAUGAUCAUGGCUGAUCAUCCAACUCAGUAUCCCAUCCCUGCCUUCCCUCCAUACCCCCUGAUCCCUUUAGCCACAAAGGCCACAUCUAACUCCCUCUUAAAUAUAGCCAAUGAACUGGCCUCAACUAUGGGCCCUGCACAGGCAAAUGGGACUGGUGUUGAUGGGGCAGCAUGGGCGAGUUGGGCCAAAGGGACUGUGUCCGUAUUAUAUGACUCUAAACCCUAUCGAGCCUCCACUGCCCUCUCGAUUAGAGAAUCAACGAUUCACUAUUUCAGGCUGAGUAAAUGUUAUCAAUUUAAUUCUGAAUCACAGACCCCUUUCUUGCAGACAGACCCCAGGGUUAGACCCCCCCCCCCCUAGCCUGGGGAACUAUCCUCCUUGCUCCCUCCCUCUAUCACCAUUGCCGUUCCCCUGUAAAUUAUCAAAUUAACCAACUUAACUAAAUGAACAACUUCAUUGUUCAUAAAGUGUGGCUUUGUUGAGUUGGAAUCCAGAUCUGCUUAGAACAAUAUUGCACAGGAACAGCCACACAUGAUGCCAAGAUAAACGAUCCGCAUCUGGCUGCACACGAGGCACAUACAUCCAUAUCCGUGCGCCUCUUAAAGGGCCCGGCCCACUUUCACGACCUGAUUCACCACCAUUUUUACUCGUGGACAUUUUUCAUCAGGCUAGAAAAACGCCCCGACCUACUUGAUGCCACGAGUGCCUACGACUAGCAGCACGACCUGCCUAUGGCCUCGUGACGACCAUGCUGCGAGUACGAGUCAAGGGCAAACUCGGCAGAGGUUUGAAAGUGGGACAGGCCCUUUAAUGCUGACAUCUGUACACAACAUUCCAGUUAUCUUCCCACCAUACAAUUGAAUAUACACUCACUCGUCUCCCACACGACUCUGAGGAUUUUCCAGUUAAAAUUACUUUUUCCAACUCGAUCCUUAACGGCUGUCCCCUCAGCCCGAGGCCGAGCCUCACCCAGUAAUGGGGCUACUGGAACAGCACGUCACCUCUGUGGGAAGAGAGCUCAUUGUUAGAAUGGCCUCAGUAUCUCCAGCACAAACAGCAGAAUGAGCAGACACUAACCACUCUCUCCAGCCUCUGGGACAGACAGGCCCUCAGUAUCUGACACAAAUCAUCCACAGACUCCAGUGAGGUAGCCUUUAUAGAAACAUAGAAACAUAGAAAUUAGGUGCAGGAGUAGGCCAUUCGGCCCUUCGAGCCUGCACCGCCAUUUAAUAUGAUCAUGGCUGAUCAUCCAACUCAGUAUCCCGUACCUGCCUUCUCUCCAUACCCUCUGAUCCCCUUGGCCACAAGGGCCACAUCUAACUCCCUCUUAAAUAUAGCCAAUGAACUGGCCUCAACUACCCUCUGUGGCAGAGAGUUCCAGGGAUUCACCACUCUCUGUGUGAAAUAAGUUCUCCUCAUCUCGGUUUUAAAGGAUUUCCCCCUUAUCCUUAAGCUGUGACCCCUUGUCCUGGACUUCCCCAACAUCGGGAACAAUCUUCCUGCAUCUAGCCUGCCCAACCCCUUAAGAAUUUUGUAAGUUUCUAUAAGAUCCCCUCUCAAUCUCCUAAAUUCUAGAGAGUAUAAACCAAGUCUAUCCAGUCUUUCUUCAUAAGACAGUCCUGACAUCCCAGGAAUCAGUCUGGUGAACCUUCUCUGCACUCCCUCUAUGGCAAGAAUGUCCUUCCUCAGAUUUGGAGACCAAAACUGUACGCAAUACUCCAGGUGUUGUCUCACCAAGACCCUGUACAACUGCAGUAGAACCUCCCUGCUCCUAUACUCAAAUCCUCUUGCUAUGAAAGCCAACAUACCAUUCGCAAUGGUAGAUGUCAGUAGAUUUUCUCAGUAGAUGUCAGGGAGAAGGCAGGAGAAUGGGGUUAGGAGUGGGAGAUAGAUCAGCCACGAUUGAAUGGCGGAUGGGCUGAAUGGCCUAAUUCUGCUCCUAUCACUUAUGAACUCCAGUGGUCUUACACUUUAACUCCCAAUGUUUUUAGGUUGUCCAUGGCUGUUAGCAAAUGCCUGUCGUUCCUUGAUCGAGUUACCCUACAUUUACAUUCCAGAUUUCACCUGUAAUGCAAGAGCUGCUGGUUUUCAAUAUUGCUCAGAGGUUCGAUCUGCAAACUUAGUACAGAAAGUCUAGAUUUGUGCAUGAGAGAAAAACCUAGCUACCCUAAAGAAAAUUCCGUAGCGUUGUUUCAGGAGGAAAGAUUUAGAACGCAGUGUCCCCAAAGCCCCUGGUAAAUGAGGAGGAGUUUUUUCAAGAACUAUGUGUUAGUUGGCAACCAGAUAAAUAAAAACAGUGAUUUUUAAGAACCUUUUCCAACGACAUUCGCUCUGUUUAGAUUGAAGUGUUUUGAUUUAUCCGUCUGCCAACUAACACAUCGUUGUUCCCCCUCUGAAUGUGCCAGGUUUUCCCCAUCAGCCUCGUGAGUGGGCAAACUCAGUGCUUCGCCAGCUAUUGGGGCGGCUUUAGUUUUGUCCCAGCUGUUACCUUGCAUCAGCCUUGAGGGAGGUAACGUCCAACUCGUGUGGUCAAAUGUAAGCGUGGCUGGAUAUUCAACCCCCUGCCUCUGUUGCCAUCUUUUCUCCAGAGGAAAUGAAGCAAAAUAUUCUCACAAUACCCCGUAAAUUCACUACUUCCUUCAAAACACAAAUAGUUAAAUUGCCCAGGAAAUGAUGUUGUCCAUCCCAGGGAUUCACCCAGAUGCUUCAUCAGGGUCACAGAUUGGUCGACCCACCACCCACCUCACUGUUUAUGGAGGCAGUUUCAGGAUUGGGGCGGAGCAGGGGGAGGGAGAGAGCCUGAUAAAUGUCAAACUGUAUCACCUUGCCCCAGGACACAGGGGAGCGGUGGGGUGGAGGAGAGGAGUGGGCAUGUGGAGACCAAUUGGAUAGUUAGUAGUCGAUGCCAAAGGAUAAUUGGCAAAGUACCACGGCUAACUUUGCGUGUAUGUGAGUGUUAGAUAUCGUAGUAGAAAGUGCAAACCUGCAUUUUAAGUAAAAUUAUUGUGAAAAGUGUAGAAUUGCUAUAGGCUGCAAGUCUUGCUGUAAAUAAGCUUUGCAACUUAACCCUGUCACUGCCUGCUUGGUCAUGAGCCUGUGCAUUCUCUAUCUGUACUGAAUGUUGUACUUGGACACAUUCUGGAUCUGUAUAUCUUUGUACAAUUUACACCUGUGUCUGCUUUCUUAAUGUCUUUUGAAACACUUAAUAAAUUCAGUUUGAAAUCCUAACAAUAAAUGGUGCUGCUUCCUUUUGCUGGCUCGUUUACGACAGAUUAAAUCCUGGCACUUGCUGCCGUGUCCGUUACUGAUAUCCUCUUUAAGAAACAUUGCAUCAGUGUUAAAGUUCGCAGGAGUAAUUCCGAUGCGAAGAAUUUCAUUACUUUAGUUUU